UGUCCCUUUUAAAUUUUUUUGUCUUUUCUGUAGUUCUUGAAGUACAGCAGCAACAGGACUUUUAUAAAGAUGAGAGUAUUUGAAAUGGUCAACUAUAUAAAUUGGGUUUAUGCACCUUUGAAUAUUCGUUUAGCAUUGGUUGGCGUAGAAAUUUGGUCCAACGGAAGUAAGUUUGUGGUCAAUGCAUCAGAGGACGAUAAUUUGUACUCCUUUUCAGCAUGGAGAAAGUCAAUUAUGCUGACGCCCAAAAGGAAUGACAACGCUCAGUUACUCACGGCUGUUGACCUAAGUGGAGGAACCGUAGGAUACUCUUUCAUUGGCAGAAUGUGUAGCACUCGGAGAUCUACAGGAAUUGUUCAGGAUCAUGCCAAACAUGCAUAUUUUGUUGGGGCUACAAUGGCUCAUGAGAUCGGUCAUAAUCUGGGCAUGAACCAUGAUGCAAAUUCUUGUACUUGCACGAAAGGCCCAUGCAUUAUGGCUGCUAGUGAAGGCCACGAACUACCCAAGCAGUUCAGCUCUUGUAGUUUACAGGAUUAUCAGGAAUUUAUGAUCACUAAGACCCCACAAUGUCUUAUCAACAUCCCCUUCAACACAAGUAUUGUUCAAGAUGCAGUUUGUGGGAAUUACUUCGAGGAGAAGGGAGAAGAAUGUGACUGUGGCUCUCCAAAGGUAAGAUUUUAUUGAAUGAAUAAGGAUAAUUCCAAGACGUUUCUCAAAAAUGGGAAUCCUUGCCAAAUCAUCUGGCUUUCUAAGUGGUAUCCAAGAGGUUGGUUUGUGAGUAGCAUAGGCGUACGUCCUCAAUGUACAUGGAUGUGUGAAUUGGUUUCUUGGAUUUGGGAAGCCAGUUGUAGAGGUAAAGACUUGAUACCUUGCUACUCAGUUGGGAAGACAAUGCAGUUUUAAAAAUGGCUGAUUUAUCACUGCAACAAUAUCCUUCCCUGCUGAAAACCUUUACUUUGUUGACAGGGUCACAUUAUGUGUCUCACUGUUUUCUUGAGCUGCUUCCUACAGCUUAACCUGUGGAAGCAAUUGGGGCAUGGCAAGCAUCUUAAGAGGAUACCUCCCACCCAUUUUCUCCCCACUCUAAAGAUAAAUGGGGAGAAACAUAUUUCUAGGCAUGAAAGACUCUGUUAUCAUAACCUUACAAUAAGAUAAUGUUAAUACUCAUGGUUGGUGAAUCUUUUCUGGCCGACUUCAGAGGCUGACAUCCUGAGUAGAAAAUGGCUCAGAAUAAGGAAGAAAUUUGGACUGCAGGUUAUGUGGCCUUCACAAUUCGGAGGUAAGGAUAUUUUUAUUUGUUUUAUUUUUUCACAUAGGAAAUAUCAGAUGGUUCAUGUAGCUCUGCCAUCAUCUAUUUGCAAUAACAAACCCCCAGGCUGCUCUUUGUCACAUUCUUUGCCAGCAUGGACCCAGGAAAUACAGGAAAGAAAUAUCCUAUUCCUUGGCAGUUUCCCUCUUCAAAAGAAACCAAUUUGAAGACACCAGGAAGCAGUGGCAGAUUAAGGCUCACGGGUGCCCUGAGCACUGACAAAUCUUGGUGCCCUCUUCCUUUGUACAAAU